AGACAAAACAGAUGGAGGUACACAAAUAUAAAGUUUUUCUUUGUGUGUGAGAGUGAGUGAGACAGAGGAUGUGAGUGAGUAUAAGUGUUUGUCAUGAAAUGUACUUCAUAAAUGAGGGUGAGAGACUACAACAAUGCACUCAUGCCGCCCCAAGGGAGCCAGAGACGGACAGAGAAAGACCCAGAAGAAACCGGACGCCCACUGACCCCAAGAAAGCUGAAGAUCUGAGGCCACAUGUCCUGAUGACAAACAUGUGUCCACUCCAGGGAAGCCAAGGGAAAGGGAGGUCCCAGACAUCUUGAUGCAUGCUAAAUCAUCCAGACCUCUACCCACCACCAGUCUGCAGGUAUUUCGAAGGUUGCGCAGCGGAGUGAAAUUAACGGAUCCUGUGUGGUUACCAUAAAACCGAGCUGGUCUCCUGUGUGGUUGAUCUGCAGCAGAAUGAACAGCGCAGCUGCAUAUUCCCCUCUCAUGCCCACCUCAGCCAACACUUUCAGCAGUGUCCCAUUCUAUGAAGGCAAUGUGUCUGCAGGAGCUAUGUACCCACCUGUCAUGGCACCCCAAGCCAACAUGUUUGGAAAUGUCCCAGGCUAUGAAGGCACUGUGCCAGGAGGAGGAGGUUUCCUGCCCCCUCCCAUGCCCAUGGAGCCGGUAGCCCCACCCCAACCCGGCCCUGAAAAUCCUGAAUGGAGCAUCCCCUCUCUGUCUGAGGAUGAGGCUCGUACGGCAUUCAAGGAAUUUGUGUCGUCUCAUUGCUGCUACGGUGACGCUCCGGUCACUCAGGGAGUCAUCACCUCCAUGGAGCCAUUCAACACCUUUAGAUAUCGUCUGGAGACAUUCACUGAGUCCAGGUCAACUGAGUGGGCCCACAAACCACAUGAAGGUGAGCCUGCUGACUUUUAUGCCCAGCCCGCUCCACGACCAUGGGAGGUCCAGGCCACACCCCCCAAACUUUUCAGCGACCAUACAGAGAAGAUCCGGGUGCCCUACACGUCCUCCGUCAAGGAAUGCCACACAUGCCAUGCAGCAGGUACUGAGCAAUGCAGGGAGUGCAGUGGAAGUGGAAAAAAAACUUGCCCAGUGUGUAAUGGUGCGGCAAAGUCCGAUCCAGCCUGCACUCACUGUAAUGGCACAGGCAAAGACAGGUGUACAAAGUGUGAUGGUAGGGGGAAAAAGCAAUGUGAAACCUGUAAAGGAAAACGUCAACUGCUGACCUACAUUGAGCUAAAAGUGGAGUGGAAAAACCAUGUGGAAGCUCAUCUGGUGGAGCAGAGCUGUGGUCUGAAGAGUGAUAAGCUAAGCUCAGUGAAAGGGAAGGAGCUGUUCAAGAACAGCCAGAACCUGGCCUACCCACUACUUGGGUUUCCAAACCCAGCAGUCUCUCAGGCCUCUGAGCGUCUGAUCAAAGAACAUCAAACUAAGAAUGGCCAAACCUCCAGGAUUCUGCAGCAGAGGCAGACAGUCGAGCUGAUCCCCAUCACUCAGGUGAACUACAAGUGGAAAGACAAGAGCUACGUGUACUACGUGUACGGCAACGAGCGCAAAGUCAGUGCUGACGACUACCCAGAGACCUGCUGCUGCGUCAUCCUGUAGACUCACAAAUACACACAGCUGAAAGCAAUUAAACAUGUACUCAUUCUUCUCUUUUUUCUAACAUCAGCCUUCCUUUUUCCAUAUAUAAUGAUGAUUUCAUUUAUUAGGGUAAGAAAAGCAAUCCAACCAUACCUGUGUUAAAAAUAAUAGAAUGUAAUGUUCUGUUCAGCAUUUUAUUAAAAUAAAAAAAAUAAAGAUAAAAACACUAUACUGACAGUUAAAGUUGGUGCUGGUAGUGUCACAUCAUGAACAAUUUACUGUAAUUGAUGGAAACAUGAAUUCUGCUCUCUACCAUAAAAUUCAGAAGCAGAAUGUCCAGCCAUCACUUUGCGUUGUGAAGCUCAAGCACACUUGGCUUAUGCAGCAGGACAAUGUCUGAAAUACGAUAGAGUCCACCUCUGACUGGUAAAAAAAAAAAAUAGAUAAAGAACAAAAAGUGAAGGUUUUAGAGUGACCUAGGAAAAGUUUGGACUUAUAUCAGAUUGCAAUUUUUGCCGUGGCUGAAUUUAAACAAUUCUACAAAUAAGAGCGGGCUAUUAUUCCUCUACAUCGAUAUGAAAGAGUCAUGGCCAGUUAUCACAAAUGUCUGACUGCAGUUUUUGCUGCCAAGGGUGGCAGAACCUCUUAUUAAGUUUAGGUUUAGCGGCAACUGCUUUUUACCCCUUAAGCGUAGAAGGCUGAUGGGGUGUCGUUGUCACUCCACCAGCCAGGCAUGUGGUCGGGUGGUGUGGACACCCAAGUUUGUGAAUGCAAUAACUCAAGAACAAGGCACUGUAAUAUCUUGAAAAUCGCAAUUCUUCAUUAAUCCCUGAGGAAGUUAUAUAAACACCUGCACCACCAGGAAUUGAACCCAGGGCACAAGAGUGGUAACCUUGUAUUAUGCCACUACACAAGCAAAAUAAGCUCGGCCUGACACCAUACCGUGCAUCUACUAGGAAACUGAGGGUUAGCACUGGCGGCUGCCAGUAUUUUUCACGUAGUAUCAGGUAGGUUUGGUUAACAUUUUUCCCUUUAUAAAUGAAAUCAUCAAUUAAAAAGUGUAUUUUGUGUUUUCUCUGGUUAUCUUUGUGUAGAAUUAAAAUUUGUUUGAUUUGAAACAUUAAAGUAUGACACAUAUGUUAAGAAGUAAGAAAUCAGGAAGGGGGCAAAUACUUUUUCACAACACUCUUAAGUGGUCAAGCUAAAGGAAUAAUUGUGAUAUUUAACAUCUUAUAAUCCUUCAUUUAGAGCUACUGUAUCCAUACAACCCAGUCUCAUAGGAAAACAUAUAACAACACGCCGGUCCACUGCAUCCAUUUCACACUUUGCUUCUCCAAACAGUGAAACGGACAGGCAUGCAGAAGUUGCAUCACCAGCAGGGGUAGCUAAUAUAUUAAAGCCACAAAGUCAGUAGUGAACAAAAAACGUAUGAUGUACAUUCCAGUGUCCUUAAUCACCAGAAAUGAUUAAGCAGGGCAGAUAAUAAUAUAUAUUUAUAUAUGUAAAUAGGUUAUUAAUGUCUGUUUAAACGCUUUCCUGUGAUUAUUUUCAUGUUGGCUUGAAAUAAAAUAUCUCCCUCCGCUGUUACUGCAACUUACUGCAAGUUCUGUCAUACUUGUCAUACUUUGGAGAUAUCAGAUGAAGAUGAUUCAAAUUUUUACAGGGACUUAAGGACAUUUUAAUUUUUUUAUAUAAUAGAGAAUUAAGAAUAUAAUAUGUAACUUCACACGAUAUUUAUAGCAAGUCACUUUAAAAACACUGCAGCACUUUGUGAAGGUGGCUACAUUUGGGCUGGGUUUAUUUGUUUUCACAUUUACAAUAACAGGAAAUGUUUACUGUUGGUGAUUUUUGUAAUAUAAUGAUGUUGCCAAUCAAACUACUAGCCUGUAGUUACCAAUUGCUGUACACUUACUUACUCUUCCUUACUGCCCACUUAAUUUCACUUCCUGUGGAAGGUUUUUGCUAUGCUCUGAAGGCAAAAACCAGCCUCGUGUGCCACUAACUGAAGGUGUUUCUGUGUUACCGAAGAGUUUACUCCAAACAUGUGCCAGUAUGUGCCAGUAUGUGCCACUAUAGCGUCUUCAGUAUUACAAGAAAACAUCAUAUUUCAUAUCAUAACCUUUUAUCUAUCUAAAACUUUCAAAAACAAUGACGUGCUGCUUUCUGUAUGUGUGCCUUCAACUUUAAACAAUGUGUGAUUAAAUGUUUCCUUUAGAAAAAAAUCUGACUAAUCACAGUUGAAAGGUGAAAUAAAAACAUGAGAUGAUUGCAUUA